CCUUGUGCCUCUUAGGACCUCCAUUACGGCUAGAUUGAGAAAAUUUCCACCGGAGGCUGCCCAAACACUAUUUGUGGGUGAGUCGCCACUGGAAUAGUCUUGAAAGUUGAGCUAAUAUAGGCUCUGAAAAGUAGACAAAGGAUAGCCUUGAUAUCAGCUGGGAAAAACUACGAGACCGGAAAGCAAUGGCGAUUCCUGUGAAGCUGAACUGCUACAACGCAGUGAUGCUGCAGUGCCUUUUUCUGGGGCUAUUAUUGGAAGCCAGGGCCGGGAGUGUGUUCUACUCAGUGGCAGAAGAGACUGAAAAGGGGUCUUUCGUGGGCGACAUCAGCAAGGACCUGGGGCUACAACCCCUGGAGCUAGCGAAGCACGGAAUCCGCAUCGUCUCCAGAGGUAGGACGCAGCUUUUCUCUCUGAAUCCGCGCAGCGGCAGCUUGGUCACAGCGGGCAGGAUAGACCGGGAGGAGCUGUGCGCCCAGAGCGCGCGGUGUCUGGUGAACUUUAACAUCCUUGUGGAGGAUGAAAUGAAGCUUUUUCCUGUUGAAGUGGAAAUAAUUGAUAUUAAUGACAACACUCCCCAAUUCCAGUUAGAAGAAUUGGAAUUUAAAAUGAAUGAAAUAACUCCUCCAGGUACCAGGAUCUCUCUGCCUUUGGGGCAAGACCUUGAUGUAGGCAUGAAUUCGCUGCAGGGGUACCAGCUCAGCUCCAACCCUCAUUUCUCCCUGGAUGUGCAACAGGGAACAGAUAGACUCCAACCCCCAGAGAUGGUGCUGCAGAGUCCCCUAGACAGAGAAGAGGAAGCUUUUCACUACCUUGUCCUGACUGCAUUUGAUGGUGGCAACCCAGUCCGGUCAGGGACUCUCCAAAUUCGUGUUCAAGUGGUGGAUGCGAAUGAUAACCCUCCAGCAUUUACUCAAGCAGAGUACCACAAGAGCAUCCCAGAGAACGUCCCUCUGGGCACCCUGCUGCUCACAGUGAAUGCCACAGACCCAGAUGAGGGAGCCAAUGGGGAAGUAACAUAUUCUUUUCACAAUAUGGACCAUAAAGUGGCCCAGGUGUUUCAGUUGGAUUCUUACACAGGAGAAAUAUCAAAUAAAGAACCACUGGAUUUUGAAGAAUACAAAAUGUAUACACUAGAAAUUCAAGCUCAGGAUGGUGCUGGGCUCAUGGCCAGGACUAAGGCAAUGAUCAAAGUUUUGGAUGUAAAUGACAAUGCCCCCGAAGUCAUCAUCACCCCUGUCACCACUGCCAUUCCAGAAAACUUUCCUCCUGGGGCCAUAAUUGCUCUAAUCAGUGUCCAUGACCAGGAUUCUGGAGACAAUGGCUACACCACAUGUUCCAUUCCUGGAAAUCUACCUUUCAUAUUAGAAAAGUUGAUUGAUAAUUAUUACCGAUUAGUAACAGAAAGAACACUGGACAGAGAACUUACUUCUGGGUACAAUAUCACGGUGACAGCAGCAGACCAAGGAACUCCGAUGCUAUCUACCCAAACUCACAUUUCGCUGCUGGUGACAGAUGUCAAUGACAACCCCCCCAUUUUCCAUCAGGAUUCCUAUUCCAUCUACAUUCCUGAAAAUAACCCUAGAGGGGCCUCCAUCUUCUCUGUGAUGGCCCAGGAUGCCGACAGCAGUGAGAAUGCCCAAAUCACUUACUCUUUGGUUGAGGACAGCAAUCAAGGAGCACCCUUGUCCUCUUACCUCUCCAUCAACUCUGAUACUGGUGUCCUCUAUGCAUUGCGGUCUUUUGACUAUGAGCUGUUCUGGGACUUGCGACUGAGAGUGAUGGCCCGUGACAGCGGGGUGCCAUCACUCAGCAGCAAUGUGUCUCUGCAUCUGUUUGUGCUGGACCAGAAUGACAAUGCCCCUGAGAUCCUAUACCCUGCCCUCCCCACCGAUGGUUCCACAGGUGUGGAGCUUGCACCCCGCUCAGCAGAGCCAGGAUAUCUGGUGACAAAAGUGGUGGCAGUAGAUAAAGAUUCGGGUCAGAACGCCUGGCUGUCCUACCGCCUGCUCAAAGCCAGUGAGCCAGGACUUUUCUCCGUGGGGCUGCACACCGGAGAGGUGCGCACAGCAAGGGUCUUGAUGGACAGAGAUGCCCUCAAGCAAAGCCUUCUGGUGGCUGUUCAGGACCAUGGCCAGCCCCCUCUCUCAGCCACUGUCACUCUCACCAUAGCUGUGGCUGACAGCAUCCCAGAAGUCCUGGCAGAUCUGGGCAGCGUCAGGACCCCCGCUGACCCUGAUGAUUCAGACCUUACACUCUACCUGGUGGUGGCCGUGGCUGCUGUUUCUUGUGUCUUCCUGACGUUUGUCAUCGUGCUGCUGGCGCUUAGGCUGCGGCGCUGGCACUCAAUGCGCCUGCUCCAGGCUUCCAGCGACUCAGCAGCCAGCGCACCUGCGCCGCAUUUUGUGGGCGUGGAUGGGGUUCGAGCCCUCCUGCAGACCUACUCCCAUGAGCUCUCGCUCACUUCGGACUCGAGGACGAGCCACCUGAUCUUCCCACAACCGAACUAUGUGGACACCCUCAUCAGCCAGGAGAGCUGUGAAAAAACAGAUUUUCUGUCAGCACCACAGUCCUUACUUAAGGACAAAGAGGAAACAUUUUCUCAGGUAAACUUGUGAACUUAUAAACUACUUAUGUAAACAUAAUUCAUGAUUUUUACUUGCUUGCUUUCACUUAUUACAGU